AUGCUCCCAAACAUCAUGGAGCGCCUUCUAAGCCUCGUGGUUUCUUCUAUUUUCUUGAAGCCAAUGGUUCCCCCAGUUGACGACGAUGGGAAAUGUGAGUUAGUGGGCACCUUUUCAUUGCUAACCCAGGCGUUCUUGGGCUUACUAUGUCUACUGUCGCUCAUAGUCAAACGCUUUUACGAAUAUCCGGUCCGCCGGACGUGGCAAGUAUGGUUUUUCGAUGUUUCAAAACAGGUCAUAGGGGCGUUGGGUGUGCACAUUUUCAAUUUGUUGCUCUCCAUCACGAAGGCAGAGCCUAACGAUUUUAGCAUCACUGAUGACUGUGAUUCUGGAGACCAAUGUCAGGGCGACCCCUGUGACUGGUAUUUUCUCAGCAUUGUUCUGGACUGUACUAUCGGGGUGUAUGUUCUCUAUGUGGUUCUUUCAUUUGUUAGUUUCGUGUGCAAGAAGUAUUUCAAGGUAACGCAGAUUGAAAGUGGACAGUAUGGUCCCGACCCUCACAACCCGUCUGUGAAAGCAUAUUUUAAACAACUUGGCAUUUACUUUGGGUCGUUGAUGAUUACGAAAUUCGUUCUCUAUGGGCUUCUAGUUUGUUUUGAGUCGCAGCUCUUAUGGUUCACGAGCCACGUUCUUUUAGUCUGGCUUGACGAUUAUCCCAAUGAGUUUGAGAUAUUCAUUGUCAUGUUUGUUGUUCCGAUAUUUAUGAACUGUUUGCAGUUAAUCUUGGUGGAUAAUUUCAUCCAGAACCAAGUCCUCCAUGAAGCCAACAUUAGAUAUUCACACAACCAUCAUCACCAUCUAUUUGAUUCUUCCAACCCAGAGGAAAGGCAAGGUUUAGCUAUAAAACGGAAUGGCAUAAGCGAGGAAGUACAUACACCGGGAAACGAACAUGGGGAAUACGGGGCUACCUGA